AUGCCGUUCCAAGUUAAGGACAAGACCGAGCGCUUCAAGCUUCCUGCAUUGGCCGGAGUUCCUAAUGUAUUCUUCAAUGACUUGAUCGGGACUGAAAGGAAGGAUGUCGCUGAUCCCAUCGUCGGCGCCUGGUUCCGCAUGGAGAAGGGGCCGGAGUCGACGCCGCCAACAUAUGAAUACGAUGAGUUUGGCGUUGUGAUUGACGGAGAAUUCAACUUCCGCGAUGAGACAGGAGAAUCAACCACGGUGAAGACAGGCGAUGUGUUCUUCUUCACCAGGGGAAGCACAAUUACCUUUUCUUCAGACAGUUAUGGACUUGCAGUGAAGUGUCGGACUGAGCGAUUUGCGAAGCUGUAA